CCACUCAGAGGCCUGAAAGCCGCAGACAUUCCUGGAAUGUGUUGCAGGAUUGAAUGCCAAGGGGUCGAAUGUGGCCGCCACAGGAGGAGGGGGCGGGGAGCUUGUGUCGUCACAUCACAGAGGAGGAGAGAGGCUCAUCCACACUGCAUCAGCCAUGCCAUCUCACAGCAACCUUCUCCUGCUGGUCACUCUUUGGGUCUCUGUUCAAGACGGUUUGGGUCUCCCGGUUGUGAAACAGUCAGACCCAGAAGCCGUCGACGGCGUGCAGACUCACCGGGUGAGGACCAAGCGCUGCUCCUGCAGCGAGCUGCUGGACACUGAGUGCCACUACUUCUGUCACCUGGACGUCAUCUGGGUCAACACACCCAGUAAGACAACGAUUUAUGGCCUAGGCGGAGGCUUGAGGCGACGCAAAAGGUCUGCUGGGCGCUGCACCUGUGCCCGGCUCAACGACAAGACCUGCACCGAUUUCUGCCAUUUCCGUAAUGAGAUCCAGUCUGUGAAGAAGUUUCAGCUUGACAUGCUUCACAUCUUGAGAACGGCAUCCAAUAAAUCAAAGCAGGAAGUAGACACAGGGCGUGCAGGUGGACAGCAGUUAUCCCAAGCUAAGAGGGAGAACGUGUGAUGAACGGGCAAGCUGCAGAAGCAGCAAGAAAGAAAGAAAGAAAGAAAGAAAGGAGCAGAAGGCGAGCACCUGAACAAAUUCCACUCCUCCAGCAGAGAGGUCGCUAAGGGAUGUGUUCGAUUCGGGAAGGCCACGUGUUAUUCUGUUUAAUCGAAAGCUGGAAAUACAUGCCCGAGGUCUACAGGUACACGCUGGAAACAGAAGUGGAGGAUCAAGAGAGGUGGAGAUCCAACCGGGUUAUUUUGAGAAGUCUAUGGGAGCUGAAGCGACUGAGUCACAGGCCCGAAGAAAGAGAACGCAAGUGCAAAUACAAGCACGGAAAUAUGAAACUUGCAUGUUUUUUUUGUUGUUGUUUUUACUUAAUCUUUAAUUUCAAGAUUAUAUACAUAAAAAUUUGUUAAAUCGGAUGGAUAAACUGAUUGAUUGAUUGAAUAUAAUGUCAAAUGGCCUUUAACAUUUGACUGAUUGCUUAAGGGAAUUGAUUCUUGUUUGUUUUGGUAAAUGAAACUUAUAACUGUAAAGCAUCAUUAAAAGAUCAAUAAA